UAUAGAUAACGCACUGUGAGUGAUGCUGAAACAAACGGACGACAAACAUCGCAUUUAUCUUUCUGCUAAAGUUUUUAAAGUCUUAUAUACAAAUAAAGUGGGAUAUUUUGCUGUUGGUUUAAAUAAAAACUAAUAUAAUUUUUUAAAGACGAUUGUAUUGUUUGCAGAUUCUUAACUCCGUGCUAACUUCACCAAAAUGGCUUCAGGUUUGGGAUGUAUAAAAUGCAUAACAUUUUUUUGCAACUUGUUAUUUGCGCUAACGGGCCUUUUGAUUUUAUUCGUUGGUGCUAUGGUGCAAUUGAAUUAUUCGCACUAUUCGAACUUUGUUAGCGAACAGAUAUGGACGGCUCCAAUUAUACUGAUAAUAAUCGGUUCGAUAGUGGCAUUCAUAUGUUUCUUAGGCUGUUGUGGUGCACUUAAAGAAAACGGCUGCAUGAUUUUAUCCUUCGCUAUUUUAGCGUUUGCUAUUUUUAUAUGUGAAAUUGGCUUGGGUAUAGCUGGUUACAUGAAACAUGCUGGCCUACGUCGCAUUAUGGAAGCCCAAUUUAAUGUCACAAUGAGGGAUUAUAACGAGCGUGAUGAUUAUCGUGAUGCGUGGUCUUUGCUGCAAUCUGAGUUGGAGUGCUGCGGAACGUACGGUCCUUCCGAUUGGGAGGCAGUGUAUCAUAAUACAACACUGCAUGCAUCUUGUUGCCCAAUCAUUGUUCUUAACGAAGCAGAUAAAUGCACUACAGCUCAUGCCAGUCCAGACGGUUGUUUAAAUAAAUUAAUUCAUAUUUUGGAUUCGAACGCUUUAGUUUUGGCUGGUGUCGUUUUGGGUGUCGCCACUAUUCAGUUAUUGACUAUUUUGUUUGCCUGCUGCCUUUGUCGUUCGUUUUGUGGGAGCUACCAGACAGUUUGAGAUUCGUAGUCGGGAUCCUUUGUGUCGCAUGUAAUGUCAUGCAAUGUUGACACGUUCUCAAAAACCCAGAAAAUAUUAAAAAGAAAAUUAUUUAUUUCGUUUUGAGUAAAUUAAUUAUUAUUUUUUAAAUUUGCAAAUGCCAACGAUUUCACCAUCUUUGUGAAUAGUGAAAACUACGCGUAAUUUUUCAACGUGCACAUUAAAGAACUGCUAAAAGCGAUGGCACUUGUCAUAACAAUAGCUGUAGUUAAUCUUAAUCCUUUCCUGUUUUGAUAUAAUAUUAACUUACAUUUCCUCUACAAAAUAUAAUCAUUAUACCUUUUUAAUAUCACAUCACAAAUACCAAAAAAAAAAAAAAACAAGUCCCUGUGAUAACCUACGUAUGUUUAGCAUGUGUAUGUGGUAUUUAUAUUAUAAUUCGAACUGUUUGCUUAUUUUUUAAUUGAUUUUGUAAAUUUUCUAGUUUAAGGUUUCAUGAUAGAAUCGCUAAGAUGUGUGCGUAUUUAUAUACUAAAGACAAUUCAAAGGAAAAAAUUAAUAAUAGUAAGAUUCACGCUUGUUAGAUAUAAAAUUUUUAUAUUCAAAAUUAUUAUAAAAUUUACUUAAGCACUUAUAUGCAAUAAAAAUAAAUAUAUAAGAAGGAAAUUAUUUACUGAAUGCACUUUGAGAGGAAAACUACUUAUUAAGAUGCCUAGAAAAAAAUCAAUUUUUCGCUUACUGUAUACUAUUUCUAGGAGCAACGCUAAUAUCAGUUAGUUUUCUUAUAAUAACUUGAAACAAGACUCUAAAAAAUCUACAAUAAUAGAUUUUAAAGAAAUUUCAAUGACUUAGCAAAUAUAUCUAUCCCUCUGAAUGAGUCUAUCAUGUUUGCGACUUAUUUAAGGGAUUUUUAUUAUUUUUCUUCAGAAUUUGUGACAAAAUAUAAAUGUAUGGCACACACAAUUUGAAAUAUUGAAAUAGUUUUUUAAAUCUAAUUGAAAAUAAUAUAAAUUUAAUAAUUCAAAAUAAUAUAAUGACUCAAAAUGCGAAUGUACAUUACAGCAGUAAACUGUGGCAAAUUUGUACUAGUUAUCUGACUUUAAAAGUUGUCUACAGAGAAUUUCAUUUGUUUCGUCUUCGCUUGAAUUGAAAUUACUUUGUAGAUAGAUAGCUUGAUAUAAAUUUUAAUAGUCUUCUAACUGGAUUAUAAAAGGUUUUUACUUCAUUCCUCAAAGACAGCUCUUAAUUUCUUUCUCGCUUUACACCCAUUGCUAGACAUACUAGAUAAGUACUAGAUAUGAUUUACUAGAUUUAUAACACCUGUAAAUAUACGUCACGCGUAUACAUUUUUGAUUCAUAGGGCAUUUUGAAACAAUUUAACAAUGUCUGUCUCCCUUUUGACGUAACGUGUUCAUUCGUAAGUGUUUUGAAAUGGUAACUGCCUUAAAUUCACCUCAAAAUAAAUAGACACUUAUAUUCAAACCCCCCUUCCCCAUCCCUCUUUUUUUACAAAAAUUUGUACUGCACGAAUUUUUAUAAUUGUGUAGAAAAACUUUUUGAAUAUAUAUAUAAUAUAUACAUAUAUAAAACUACUUUUUUGUAUUGCACUUUACUAAAGAGAAAAAAUUGAUAAUUUGAUCAAUUGAUAAAAGUCAACCUAUUUAUAAGUUAAUAUCUAAUACAGGUUUAUACUAUUUAUUGUAAACCUUAUCUAUGUACUGAAAUAAUGUGUUGCAUUAUAAAUUAAAUGUUAAAGACUUGAACUACUGCGAUACCACAGAUGUCAUAACUAAACAAUGAAUAUGAUAGUUAGUUAGUUAUUCCUUCAAUUACAUGAUCGUCACUCUUACUCAUUACAUUGCAAAAUAAAAACAUGAGUAAGUCUUG